GUCGAAGUGGGUUCUUGGAGCAAAACGCCCAUGAACCGCUCUGGCCUUGAAAGCUUCCGAUGGCCCUGGAACCGCAUUCCCGGUAGCUGAGCUGACUCGAGCCGGUAUACCAAGUCCUCCGAAAGACAACCCCGUUAUGUGUUGCACGCUUCGCACCCUCUAAGUCGACGACCGAUCGCCGCCAGGUCCAUGUAGGGACAUCUCACAACCCUCACUACCAUUCGCUCGCUACACCAUGCGCCUCACACCGCGCGCUACCGAGGCCCCGGAGCCGUAUGUUGUGCCACCUUCGAAUAAGUUCGACGGUGCCGAUGGAAGCUGGAGUACUUUCAAGAUAAGCGUUGGAACUCCAGGACAAGACUUUCGUAUACUGCCGAGCACAAAGGGAGGUGUCACAUACGUCAUUGCGCCUGAAGGUUGUUUGGAUGGAGUCGACCCAACAGAUUGCCCACAACUCCGAGGAAUAGAGGUUUUCCAAAGCGCGCAAAGCACCGGCUUCCAGGUCGACGCGUCGACAACAUGGUCGGCGAUAGGGCAAUACGAUGUCGAUUUGGAGGAUGCGCUCAACUACACAGGGAGAGGAUUGUUUGGCCUGGAUACUGUCACUCUGGGAGCAGCCGCAGACAGUAGCUCUUCUGUGUCGCUAACGCGCCAGGUCGUCGCUGCCGUUGCCGACCCGGACUACUACCUGGGAGUUCUGGGCCUUGGUCAGGCAAAAUCCAGCUUCAACAGUGGGAGCCAGCCAGUCGACUCGUUCCUUUACCUGCUGCGCGAAAGCAAAAAGAUACCCAGCUUCGCAUAUGCGUAUACGGCAGGCGCGAAAUACAGGUUGAAAUCUGUGUUCGGUAGUCUGAUAUUGGGUGGCUACGAUGCGACACGGUUCGAGACCGGCGCGAACGACUUCUCCUUCACCUUCUCACAAGACCCUUCGCGGCUCCUGACUGUUGGGGUGGACUCGAUCAUGGCUACAAACACGCUGCAGGGCACCUACUCCCUGACCUCUGGAGCACACUUCUCUGUCAUCGAUUCUACUGUCCCACAUCUGUGGCUACCCGCAGACGUGUGUGCUGAGUUCGAGACAGCCUUUGGCCUGACCUAUGAUCCUCAAACAGACUUGUACCUUGUCAACGACACGAUCCACGAAGAACUCCUAUCGAAGAACCCGACCGUCACGUUCAAACUCGUCGACUCCCUUGAAGAUACGACCACAAACUACACCAAUAUAGAGCUGCCGUAUGCGGCAUUUGACCUCCAAGCCUCGUACCCGUACUACACAAACGCAACGAAUUACUUUCCAAUCCGCCGUGCCGCGAACGAUACACAAUAUGCACUGGGCAGGACGCUUUUACAGGAGGCAUAUCUCAUAGUAGACUAUCAGCGCGCAAACUUUACGGUCGCGCAGGCAGUCUUUCCUGAUCCUCUACCGGCGUCAGACGUCAUUACGAUCAGAUCUCCGAGCGAUUCUGCUGCCACGCCAACUUCGUCUUCGUCUUCGGGUCUCGGCGUAGGUGCCAUUGUCGGCAUAGUAAUCGCUGCAAUCGCUGCUCUCGCCCUGGUCGCACUUGGCAUAUUCUUCUUCCGAAAGCGUCGCGGCAAGCAGCAAAAAGAGCAACGGUACGAACUCGCAAGCAAGCACAUAUCGGAAGUUGGUUCAGGAACCGACAUUCUCGCCGGCAGCCAGCCACACAAAGCUGCGGGCCCACAGGAACUCCACGGGACACCGUUGACUGAGCUCGCUUCUCCUGUCAACGAGCAGUUCGUCGGCCAUGCAUAUCCGCAGGAUCAGAAGACGGUCAUCAGCAUGGCGGACGAACCACAAGAGCUGCACGGCGAGUCAAUGAUGCCAGUCACACCUAGGUGGCGAGAAGUACAGCUGCCGCAAUACCCUGGCCCACGUGAAGCGGAUGCCGAGAGUAGCACAGGGCGCAGUGUGAGCGGCAUGGCUAGCGACGACGGAUACGCGACAGGCGAGUUUGGAGUGCGCUCUGGCGUAUCACCAAUGACACCCCAGUUCCCGCAUCAUAAAAAUUAAUGGCCAGCAUUGAAUCCUGGGCGGCAGUCAUACUAAGGCGUUUGGAUUUGGCGUACAUCUAGAGAUACCACUCGUGGAUUGGGAAUGGGCGGGAUUUUGGUUAUGAGCACACGAAACCGAAUAUAAUAAUAAUCAUUCACAAAGAGGCAUACAACUCAGCCACCGGUAGCGUCGCAUGCGCGGACCACGACGCCCGAAGUCCUUCAUCAAACGAUAUU